GAGAGGAGAGAGCUACCAGCAGCAGUGUUUCCUCUGGAUGAGAGCAGAGAUGGCUCCAAAGACCGUUACACAAGCUUUAAAAGACAUGCUGUUUAGCCUCAGUAAAAUGCAGCUGGAGGAGUUCUGCUCUGCGUUCCUGGACCGCAAGGAAGAGCCGAGGGUCAAGCGCAAAGAUCUGGAGGACAAAUCCCGUGUGGCAGUGGCAGAGCUCCUGGUUGCUACUUACACGGAGUCAGGGGCAAUACCAGUGGCUCUGGACAUCCUGAGGAAAAUUAAAUGCAACGAGCAAAGAGAGAUAUUGGCCCAAGAGACACAAGAAGGAUCACUGCCAUUGGUUUACAGACAUUUCAACAUAAUGCUUGUGGAAACUACUGGUGCAUCCAUGGCAACAGCUCAACAGGACAAGCUGAAAUACUCAGGUAUUAAUGCCUCAAACGCCAUGGCAGAGAUUGACCUGGAGGAUAUGAAGACAUACAAAUCCAUCAUCAAAGAGGUGGCUUUUGAGAAAAAAGUUGAUCCAGCGCUCAUUGCUGCCAUCAUCUCUCGACAAUCCAGGGCUGGAAAGACCCUGAAUAAAGGAUGGGGCUGCACUAACACCUUUGGGCUGAUGCAGAUUCUCAUCACUUCAGAUCAACGCGAGCACAUCGGAACAGAUUUAUUGGCCAGCAAGGAGCACAUCUGCAAAGGAACCGACAUCCUGAUUAAUUUCUUGUUACGAAUCAAGCAUGCACAUCCUGACUGGAGCAAGGAGCAGCAGCUGAAAGGAGGGAUAGCGGCCUACAGUGCAGGAGAUGGGAACAUCCACUCCUAUGAAACGGUCGACUCCAAAACCCCGAAUGGCGACUUCUCCAAUGAUGUCAUUGCCAGAGCUCAGUGGUACAAGACUGACGUAAUAGGCUACAUAUUUGGAGGUAAUGGCGACAUCAUGAGAGUUGAAACAGAUGGUGCCUCAAGGGAAACAGCUCGAGCGGAUUAUGGGAACGACAGAAAAGGUGGAAGGUCUGUAUCACGUGACAUGGCACAGACUGAUGCAGACAGAAUGAAAAAGUACAGGUCUAAAAUCAACAGAGUGGCAAAAAAACAUAACAUUGAUCCAGCUCUCAUCGCUGCCAUCAUCUCCAGAGAGUCCAGGGCUGGAGCAGCACUGACAGAUGGCUGGGGAGACUGGGACACAGAAAGAGGAGCCUAUAAUGCCUGGGGACUGAUGCAGGUUGAUGUUAAUCCAGAUGGAGGUGCACACGAUCCAGAGGUUGAUUGGGACAGCGAGGAACACCUCAGCCAGGCCACCGAAAUAUUGGUUGAUUUUAUUAAAAUAAUCCAGAACAAAUUUCCUAAUUGGAGCAGGGAGCAGCAGCUGAAAGGAGGGAUAGUAGCCUACAAUGUAGGGGAUGGUAAAGUCAAGAACUAUAAAGCUGUGGAUUACUACACAACACAUGGAGACUACUCAAAUGAUGUUGUUGCCAAAGCUCAUUGGUACAAAGAAAAAAGGGACUAUUAAAGCCUUUUUAAAAGCUGUUCAUCACAAGAAAAAAUGAAGUAAAUGAUGAAUGAAAACCCUGCUGUGUUAUUUGUCAAAACUAAAUAAACAUAAU